GCUUUUCUCUGUGGCCACCUGGAAAAAGCCAUGUAAGAUCCCUGGCUUGUCAAAACAUAAAAUAGCCUACAGAAGUAAUUAGAUUUAAUAACCGGUAAUCCAAAAUUUGAAAAACAUCUUAAUUUAUUCUGGAGGAAUAUCUGUGGAUUUAUAAGUGAAAACGACGAGUCCGAGAAGACGCUGACAUAGAAGAGGACAUAAAAAAAAUUAAUAAAAGUUUAUGUAGCUAAAGUUUGAAGUUGCGCACCGGAACCUCAUGGACACGCUGAGAAAUCCCCAAACCAACUCCAAAAGAAGAACCCCCCACAAGUUCAGCACCAAGGAUAUCUCCAAUCAGUUUUGAUGUCAGGUGAAGGUGAAGUCAGACUGACGGAGGUUUUAUCUUUAGCCAGGUAACAUACUGAAACAGCUUUACUUUCCGAGAGGUGCGUUUUUGGGCUGCGGUGAGGCAUGAGUGGAGGUCGCUUUGAGUUUGACGACGGCGGAGCUUAUUGCGGAGGGUGGGAGGGAGGCAAAGCCCACGGCCAUGGCAUCUGCACCGGACCCAAAGGCCAGGGCGAGUUCUCCGGUUCCUGGAACUACGGCUUCGAGGUGGUGGGAGUCUACACCUGGCCCAGUGGAAACACCUACGAGGGGUACUGGUCGCAGGGAAAGCGUCACGGUUUGGGAUUAGAGACCAAAGGACACUGGAUUUACAAAGGGGAAUGGACUCACGGCUUCAAAGGGAGAUAUGGGAUCCGGAUCAGUGUUGGCAGUGGAGCAAAGUAUGAAGGAACAUGGAAUAAUGGGCUUCAGGAUGGAUAUGGGACAGAAACGUAUGCUGAUGGAGGUACUUUCCAGGGUCAGUUCACUGGUGGGAUGCGGCACGGUUAUGGGGUCCGUCAGAGUGUCCCCUAUGGCAUGGCAGCAGUUGUCCGCUCCCCCCUUCGUACCUCGCUGACCUCCCUUCGAAGCGAGCACAGCAACGGCACCGUAUUGCAGCAAGACAUCCCCAUCAUUACCACCACCAACGCCUCAGGUGAGGAGACACCCGUCCCCACCCCUACCCACCUGGGACCGUCCCGUGGAGGCUUCGCCCUCACGCUCCAGGUGGACCCAGAGGCUGUGAAACCCAAGAAGAAGGGCCUGUUCCGCAGGGGCUCCCUGCUGGGUAAGCUAAAGAAGUCAGACUCAAGUUCCUCGCUGUCAAGCCAGAAGAGCAAGAUCAGCUUCCUGAGGACAGAAUCGGCUCUCAGCUCCAACGCCAGCGACACCAACUCCACCAUCAGCAUCGGGGAUGAGAGCCUGGCCGGAGCUGAGGAUUUCCCCCCAGUGGAGGCAGACAUUGAUGCCACUACCACGGAGGUCUACAUGGGAGAGUGGAAGAACGACAAACGCUCAGGAUAUGGAAUAAGUGAAAGGUCCAGCGGGCUGAAGUACGAGGGUGAGUGGCUGAACAACCAGAGACACGGCUACGGCUGCACCACCUUCGCCGAGGGAGGGAAGGAGGAGGGCAAGUACAUGAACAACAUGCUGGUGAAGGCCAUGAAGAAGAGGGUGAUCCAGCUGAAGGGAACCAAGAUCAAGCACAAGGUGGAGCGGGCGGUGGAGGGCGCUCAGAGGGCCGCAGCCAUCGGCAAGCAGAAGGCAGAGAUCGCUGCUUCCAGGACGGCCCAUUCAAAGGCCAAGGCAGAGGCAGCUGAACAGGCCGCCCAGGCCGCCAACAGUGAGUCCAACAUUGCCAGACUGGUGGCCAAAGAGCUCUCUCCUUCUUUCUACCAGCCAGGUCCUGAGUAUCUGAAGAAGAGAGUGUUACAGGAGGUCGUGGAGGGCAUUGAGAAUGCAGACCCUGUUAUGCAUGAGCCGCUGCUUGCUGAAGAGGAGCCCCUGCCCACGCCACCCGAAAGCCCACUAAUGAAUGAACUGGACAGUCUCAUGCCUGGCUCAUCACCAGGCCGCACCCCCUCCCCCAGCCCAGGCAUCAUCAGCAAGGAAGACCCUAAACUCCUCAGUCCAGGAAGCUGGAAUGAAGACAAAACCAGUAAAGAUGGUGGCAGUAAGGGUAGCAGUAAACCCAACAGCAGGUCCAACAGUCGCCCCACCACCCCUUCAAUCUCCAUAUCUGCUCCCGCCUCGGCUGCACCUGAGGGCGGAGGUGCCCCCAGCAACCGAGGCCCCUCUCGCACCCCCAGCCGUCAGAGCAGCAAGAACGGGCAAGGCUCUGACCUGGAGAUCAAGCCCCUGCAGAAGUUAGACACCGAGGCAAAAGCUCCAGACGUCACUCCUGCUGCUGCUGCUGCCCCUGUAAGAAAUAGCCUCAUCUCUCCAGAUGAAGAAGAAGCCCCGCGCCCCAGCUCCAGGGUGUCCUCCAAAGCUGUCACCCCCGAGCCUAAAACCACUGAGGUCAAAACUGAAAGACCGCCAUCAGUCCACGAACGAGCGCUGUCUGUCUCUGAGAACAAAGUGGAGUCCAGGGAGGUGAGCAGGCCUUCCAGCAAAGCAGAAACAAAGCCAUUACCAAAACGACAACCCAGCCCAGCUCCACCUCCAAAACCUGCACCCAAUCUUGAGCCUAAAAUGGUACAAAAGCAAGUGGAAGCCAAAGCCAUUGUUGCCAAAACACCUCCGAAGGUGGAGCCCAAAGCAGAAACCAGAAUGAAGGCCAUGGUGUCGAGCCCAAGUAACGAGGUGACUGCAGAGUCUUUGGAGCUGGAGGGCCCAAACACCAUAAUGAUCUGCAUGGUUAUCCUGCUCAAUAUUGGCCUGGCCAUUCUCUUCGUACACAUUUUGUCAUGAGAAACUGUCCACCACCUCAGCAGGUCACCAACAGUGUUGGAGAGAGAUGGCCUGCCUCCUCCUCAGUUAGGACCAGAGAUCAAAGAGACCGCUGAGGAGGAAAAGAUGCCUUCCGCAGACAGCUGCAGCUCUUCUGUAGGUGUUUGUUGGUGUGACUGCGUGAGGCUCUGUGAAGCUCCUCUCUUUCCAGAGGUUUAACAAACUGAAGGACAUUGAAUGACUGAAACAAUUCAGUAAAUCUGAAUAUGAUGAUGUUUGCAUGUUAAAGUCAGGGCUGCAUGUUGUCUGUAUGAGUAUGUUCGCUGUGCUUACACUGGAGAAGCAGGGUCUCAGUUCACCUUCAUCGCAGUUUGUCACAAGCGUGUCAACAUUUUUGCAAAAGGAGGCUUUUAACUCAAUCUUUAUUUGGCACAAGCGGCCUGGCUCUCACAACACAGAUUCAGGCAGAUUAGACACUCGCUACAUAAUUAUGUUUUAUCCCAAGAUCUGUUUGUAUUAGGUAGUUGACAGCUAAAGGAAUGUUGAUAACAUAUGCAGACUGAAUAUUCUCUCCACUAUGCCUUAAACUUGAUUGUUGAGACACAAAUGUGUGAAAGAUUAGGGAAUGAUUUAUCUGCAAUGUGGUAAAAAAGCUGAGAAAUAUUCAUUGGGUAGUCAUAAAUGUGUGUGUCUGUCGCAUCAAAAAACUCUCCAGAAAAUACUGCUGAAAUAGCAAAAACUGUAAUCCAACAAUGCUGUAAAGCCAAGUUAUUGUUUUCAUCUUGUUGCUCUUCACUCUCUUAGGAAAGAGUCCAUCAUGAGUUACAUUUCGGUUAAAUGCAUCCUGCAAAAUCUGCAUUUGAGACUGUGGUUUACUACACUGUGAAAUUUUCUAUAUUCACUUGGGAUUUAUAUGCAUUAAUUGUCAUUCUGCUGCUUUGGUUUGGGAGCUGAUGAACCAAAUAGAUAAGGAAAAUAGGGAGCUUAUGAGUGCCACUGCUGUUGUGUAUGUACUGUAUUUACCUGUGGUAUUUGUCAUACAGUGCUGUUUAGCGCACAGGUGGUUUUCAAUGAGAGUUGCAUAUGUUUUGCAAUAUAACAAGUAAGUAGAAAAUAAAGGCUGGGGUUUAUCUUAUUAAAAACAAUCACUGUAUGUUGAUCUAAGGUUGCUCAAUCUACAGAUUUAUAUUAAUGCAAUAGCAGCAACAGGAGGUGGGCUGGGAUGUGAGCUGUUGUAGCAUUUACUGGUUUCAUAUAUGUUUCAGUGUAGAAAACUGUCCCCACUGUUCCACCGCAUUAUAUUCAAGGCCUGUUGUGCUUUAGAGCCAAAUAUGAGUUCAACUUUUGUACGCAUGAGGGCACUUUGUGUGUGUCUGUAUUUUUGUACCAUUGUGAAGUACACGUCUUUU